AUGUGGCGGCGAAAUAUAUGUGAAGAACUUCAGUUCCGCGAUUUCAUGAAGGAAAUUCCAGCUCCGUACAAUAGUGAUCCAUCCCUUGCUCGUCGUAUAUUUAAUUUCCUUCAGCGCUUUGGUUAUAUAAAUGUGGGUAUUUUCACAUCUUCCGGUCCGCCACUGAAGCCUUAUCAGAAACGUGUGGUAGUAAUUGGUGCGGGCAUCGCUGGCAUUAUAGCAGCACGACAGUUGAAGCGUUUUGGUUUGGAUGUGGUAGUACUAGAAGCCCGAAACCGCAUUGGUGGCCGUAUAGCAACGCAUAUUAAAUCAGAGAUCAAUCCGGAGAAUCCAGAAGACGAGCGAAAAAGCAAGAGGACCGUGAUAGAAUUGGGCGCCUCGUACAUUUAUGACUCAUAUGUCAAUCCGCUUAUGACGCUUGUAAGCCAAACGGAUGUCACGUGUGGAUUCGCCCCUUUUCUUGAAUCGUAUCCUGUGUACGACUAUAGAGGAAAAGCUGCAACUGGAUUGCCUACUGCAAGCGAGGCGUAA